CUGCAAGAAGAACAUGUUCUUCAUUUCCUCCAACUACAGAUUCUUGAUGAUGUUUUUGUAUCUCCAAGUUUGUUUCUCAACUGACAGAAUCCUGACCAAUCAAUCUCUUUCAGGAGACCAGACGAUUGUUUCAAGUGGUGGUGUCUUCGAACUCGGUCUCUUCGAACAAGGUACUUCUAAUUUGUGCUACUUAGGCAUAAGGUACUGGCAAAUUAGUACACAGACUAUAGUGUGGGUGGCGAAUCGUGAAUUUCCUGCCCCAAGUAGAGAUACGGCCUACUUGCAGAUCUCAGAUGGAAACUUAGUGCUUCAAGAUGGUCGCAAGAAGAUAAUUUGGUCGACUAGGGUUAAUUCUACAAGCGGCGGAGAUGUUGAAGCGUUUGACCGUACUAGUAAAGGGAACUCACUCGUCACGGUUUGGAAUGGAACUAAAUCAUACUGGUCGAGUGGCGCAUGGGAUCACCAGCUUGGAAUAUUCGAGCAAGUUACAGAUCGUAACUUGAGCUUUGAGUUCGACGUGAAUGGUUCCAACUACGUAACGUAUUCAGUAAGUAACCAAAACCCUUUUCGUUUGGUUAUGGAUGUUUCGGGACAGUUAACAGCGUACAGUUGGGUUGAGAAGCAACAAGCGUGGGAUACGAAAUGGUCUGCACCGAAACAGAGAUGUAAGGCUUAUGGUUCGUGUGGGUCGUUUGGGAUCUGCAACGAGGAUUCGGACUCGGACUCGUCCUGCGAAUGCAUUCUUAACAUCUCCAGACGAUCAGGCUCGGUUGAUUCAUCUGGUGUCUGUGUAAGCAAAACAUAUCUAACCAAAUGUGGCAAAGGAGAUGACAAGUUUCUUCCUCUUAAGAACGUGAAGUUAGCUACUGAUCCGGAAGCAUGGGUUUCGACAAAAUUUCUUGUAAGCCAUUCAUGUGACUCAGCUUGCCUUGCUGAUUGUAGUUGCAGGGCCUAUGCAUACGAUGCAAACCGGUGUUUGAUGUGGAGAAGUGAUAUCUUCAAUCUGCAACAACUCCAUGCGAAUAACAGCGAGGGAAAGACGUUUUAUGUCAGACUUACUCCUGAUUACAUCUCACCAGCAGCUUUAAACAACGAUAAUUCAGGAGAUCUAGAGGAUAUCUCAGGAAGAGCAAAACAUCGUAAAGUCAGAACCAUUGUGUUAGCCGUUUUACUACCAUCAGUAGCAGCAGCUGCACUUUUCAUUAGUUUGUAUUGUUACUUUUCAUCCCCACAGAGAAGCAGAAGAGCACAAAGAGGCAAAAAACAGAGCAAUGAGGCGUGGGAAUCGUGGUGUGAGACAAAAGGCGUAAGCAUUAUAGAUGAAGCAUUGGAUGAUUCAUAUUCUUUGAAAGAAGUGAUGCGGUGCGUUCACAUCGCGCUUCUUUGCGUUCAAGAUCAUCCAACAGACAGGCCCACAAUUUCGCAAAUUGUUUAUAUGUUGAGCAACGAUCACGAUCUCCCGAUUCCAAAUCAGCCAACGUUCACAAACGUGUUGAAUUGCAAUCAACGGUUAGUGCCGUCUGACUAUGUGUACUCUAUUAACGAAGCAACUCAAUCAACAAUGGAAGGACGAUGAACAGUCAUGCACAAUUCUUGGUAACUUGGUAAGUGCUAGUAACGAGAAAAUGAAUCAAGGGACUGCAUUUAUCAACUGGAGAUAUAUAAAUUUGAUUAAAUGUCUAGAACUUCAUAUAUUUACAUAUUUUGGAUUAAAAGCAUAGACUGUUAAUUCCUACAUAUAAUAUCAAAAUGAUCGAUAUCCAGAUUCAUAGAAAUUUAAAAUGUUCAUACAACUGUUUUUAGCUCUGCAUUUGUGGUUUAUAAUGUUCAUACAAGUGUAGAUAUAACCAUUGAGAUUUGUGUUUAUGAAAUAUAUUGUGAAUGACAUCGUCUUCGUAAAACAAUAAAAGUAAGGUGAAUUGAU